GUAAAUAAUUUAAGAGCCUCCUCGUGUAGUUUUAAUCUGUGUUUUCCAUUUUUAUUUUCAUCUUAAGUUGAUUUUUUGUUAACAAAUCGGAUAGUGUGGGCGGUUUUUACGUGGAAGACAAAUAUUGCAAUUUUUUGAGCCGAUCUUCAUAAUAUCUAAUUAUAACUACUGGAGGAUCUACUGGAGUGUAACUUGAUACACUUUCCAAAAUUUAGGUCAAAAAAAAUAAUCGAAAGAAAACAAUUUGGGAAAUUAUGGCGUUCAAUCUUGGUCGCAGACGUAGGAAGUUCAUUUACCUUGCAGCUGCAGCUGUAUUUUUGUUUGGAUGCGUGUUUAUAAUGCGUAGAAUUUCGUCAAGUGAGGUUGAAGAUGAAGAAGAAGUUAGGAAGUCCAAGAUAACGAGAGACUGGGAGAGAUACUUGGACCCCAAAGAAUAUUUGAAAGAUUUAAUGAAAAGAAAUAGAACUCUGAAUUCAACAUUCUUUGAUUUUAUUGAACAAGAAGAGAAGAAGGAAGCAAGAUUAAGGAAAGCUGGGAAAGCUGUUGUUACAGAGGAAAAAGCAACAACCGGAGAUGUGAACUUAGAGCUUCUCGCCCAACCACCAAAYUAUAGCGUUCAUAUAUUUUAUUACAUGUGGUAUGGGGAUCCGUCAAAAAAUGGCAAUUAUGUACACUGGAAUCACAAGUAUUUGCCACACUGGGAUCCUCUUAUAGCCAAGAAAUACGCAAAGGGUACCCACGUGCCCCCGGAGGAUAUCGGAGCCAAUUAUUACCCAGCUCUUGGGCCGUACAGCUCAAAGGACCCAAAAGUGAUUCAUAAUCACAUGAAGCAGCUUUGUAGGGCGGGCAUUGGGGUACUUGCCGUGUCGUGGUACCCCCCUGGAAAAGCUGACGACCAAGGUGGACCCCCAGACACUUUAAUACCUCUACUGCUAGAGAUUGCUUUAAUGUACAAUUUAAAAGUGACCUUACAUAUAGAGCCUUAUAAGGGCCGUAACGACAAGACACUACAUGAAGACGUGAAGUAUAUUGUUAAGACGUAUGCCGAGCAUAAGGCAUUUUAUAAGCACAAGCAUAAAGAUGGUCGAAUGUUGCCAUUACUUUACAUUUAUGACUCAUAUCUCACCCCCGACGCAGACUGGGCAAAGCUGCUAAAGCCACAGGGUUCCCACAGCAUUCGGAAUACAGAAUAUGACUGUAUUUUCAUAGGAUUGAUUGUCAAGGCAACACACAAGGAUACUAUCCUCAUUGGUGGAUUUGAUGGGUUAUAUACCUAUUUUGCUACGGAUGGCUUUACAUAUGGUUCGACGUGGAGAAUAUGGCCUCAGCUUUCUGCUUAUGCCACCCAAACUGGGACCCUUUUUAUCCCAAGUGCUGGCCCAGGGUAUAUCGACACUCGAGUUCGGCCUUGGAAUUCUCAGAAUACUAGGUCUCGGCAAGGUGGGGAGUAUUAUAAGAAAAGCUGGAAUGCUGCAAUCAGUGUUAAACCAGAGAUUAUUUCAAUAACAUCGUUCAAUGAAUGGCACGAAGGAACACAGAUUGAAGAAGCUAUUCCCAAGCAAGUGUCAGGAAUUACUUACAAUGACUACACUCCUGAAGGACCUGAUUAUUAUAUAAAAUUAACUAAAGAAUUUGUCAAAAAAUAUCAAGAAUCACAAAAUAAGUAAUUCAAUUCACAUGCCAAUCACAAGCACUGUGUAAUAUUUUCUCAUUUUAGAUAUGUAUUGUCAUUCACUUGAGUAUUAUGUCUUUGUUUGCAACUAGUCUUAUAGAAGUAGGCCAUGUUGUGGUCUAAAUAGCCCACUUCCGAGAUAUGCUUCGCUUGUCACGCACAAAGGUUUCAGCAUGACCUGUCACGAAUGACUGAGCAUUUUGAAACCUUUGUGCGUGACAAUCGAAGCAUAUCUCGGAGGUGGGCUAUUGGGAUAACAGUACACCUAAAUUUACUAUAAAGGUUAUUGACAAAGGUCAAACAGCUAUUAGGAUUAUUUAACUAUUAUCAAUUCAAUAGAUUAGAUUUCAUGUGAGUGUGACAGCACAGUAACUUGUAUUAACUCAGAGUUACUGGCAUCUGAAAAUCCAAACUCAAAUCAUUUUUUAAAAAUUCAAUUCAGUAUUGCUUAGGUUUGUUAAGAUAGGAUAAAGACAUUUAACCUGUGAAAUAAGAAUGUUAUUCAAGGUGUAAUAGACACACAAAAAAUGGAAUUAGGGAUGGUCUACUAAUGUGUAUUAGUGAAAUAAAUACAGUCAAUGUCAUUAACAUUGUCCACUGAAAAAAGACAUUCAGACAUUUAGACAUUCAGACUAAAAAGAAAUAUCACGUGUUUCCUUGAAUGUUUCGGCAUAAAACAAAUGCUGAAAUACCAUUCUCCAUCGUAUAUCCUCACUAAAUGGUCUGGGCAUUCUGGAUUUUCGAUUGACUAGUUGAAUCUUACAUUCAAAGUUAGGCUGACGCACACGAGGCAAAGAAUACAUAAUGAAACACAUGAUAUU